AAACAUUUUUACUGAUUGUAAAAUUGUAAAAGUUUUUGGACCAAGAUUGAACUGACAAAAAGACCUAAAAGAACAACAUGGGCUAAAAUAACCAUCACUGCAGUUUAUUAAUUUACUUAAAAAACUCAGACAAAGUUCACAAAAUGAGUAACUAUGAAAGGUUUGGAGAAGACCAAGCAUCAAAUGCUCAUACUUCUGUUGAUCUGCAGGCUGUGGAUGAUACAUCAUCUAAUAUUAAAGAUGUCCACAUUAAAGUUGACAAAGACCAAGAUGACAUAGGAACCUUGAAAAUAUACUCCACAGAAACAAAACAAGGUGUUGAAUAUAUUGAUGAUCCAUCAGCCAAACAACAGCUUUCCCUCAGUCAAUCAUUACAAGCCUCUGUAAAAAGAGUAAUAGAACAUCCUGUGUUCCGUAUUGUGUUGAUGUUACUGAUAUUAUUGGACUUCACCUUGGUUAUUAUAGACUUAGCUGGUUCUCAGUGUAGCAGUGAUGAUACUUUAGAGAAUAUAUCACAUGUUAUCAUCAGUCUCUUCCUCCUGGAAGUCUUUGCUAGAUUGUUUUAUGAAGGGAGACAGUUUUUCCGGAGUAUAAUUGACGUUAUAGAUGGGAUAGUUGUUGUAGUAUCUUUCAUUGUUGACAUGGUAUUUGUAGCUUUGGCUGAUUCAAAAUCAUGUCAGUCAAACUAUGCAAGACUUCUUGUGAUUGGCCGAGUGUUUCGAAUAAUCAGAAUAUUAAGGAUACUGUAUAUAAUGGUUCAACAGAAGAGACAUGUAGCUGCUGCAUCAAGAAGAGUUAUCUCACAGAAUAAGAGAAGAUAUCAAAAGGAUGGCUUUGACCUUGACCUUUGUUACAUUACAGAGAGAGUAAUUGCCAUGUCUUUCCCAUCUAAAGGAAUGAUGGCCAUGUAUAGGAACCCUGUAGAGGAAGUAGCCAGAUUUUUCAACACGAAACACAAAGAUCACUAUAGGAUUUACAACUUAUGUAGUGAAAGAGAUUACGAUGAGACAUUGUUCCAUAACAGAGUGGAGAGAAUUUUUAUUGAUGAUCAUAAUGUUCCAAGAGUAAGGGAAAUGAUUGAGUUUUGUGAUAAUGCCAGAGAGUUUAUGGGCCAGGAUCAACAGAAUGUAAUAUCCAUACAUUGUAAGGGGGGUAAAGGUAGAACUGGUACAAUGAUAUGUGUCUGGCUAAUAGAAUGUGGAUUAUUUGAUGGUGCAGAGGAAAGUUUAGAAUACUUUGGUGACAGAAGAACAGACUUAUCAGUUGGUAAAAAGUUUCAAGGUGUUGAAACUCCUAGUCAGAGUCGAUAUGUUGGAUAUUUUGAGAAAGUAAAGAAGAAACUAGAUGGUAAAGUACCUACACAAGUACCAAAGAAGAUAUCAACUAUCAAGAUCUUUAACCUUACUGGUGUAGGUAAUGCUGAUGGAAAGGAUCUCAGUAUGGAAAUCAGAGUGGAUGGUUUACUUAUAUAUGAAUGUAAUUUGGGUCAGAAUAUAAAUUGCGCUCUAAGUAAAUUGACAGAGGAUGACAGUAUUGAGGUUAAAUUAGAGAAUGUUCCAGUUCUGACAGAUGAUGUUAAAGUUCGAUUCUUUUCCAGUGAUAAAAAUGUACCGAAGAUUUAUGACCAUUGUGCCUUUUUCUUUUGGUUCCACACUGCUUUCAUAGAGGACGAUAGAUUGGUUUUGACCAGAGAAGAACUUGAUAAUCCUCACAAGAAAGAAGGACAGAAAUUUUACCAUGAAAAGUUAAUGGUGGAAGUUCUUUUUGAAGAUCAUAAAGAAGACUUAUAAUUUUAGUUUUCAUAUAAGUUUUGUAAGCAUAUAGUUUAUAUAAUAUUAUAUAACAUAUUAUAUUAGUUGUAAUAGCGUUAAAUUGUCGCCUAAAAUAUAUGUACGGUGCUGUCUUAACAUGGCAUUGUAACCUAGUUGCUUUGACUCAUUAUUAAAAGUAAUUUUUAAGAUUGAACAUUGACGAAAAGGGGCAUUUUUAUUAGGUUGUUCAAUAUUUCAGGGUUAUUAUGUUCCUUAUAAGCAUUGCAUUUUUGUUUAAACAUUGCAUACACCUGGGAAAUCACUGUAAUUACUUAUUUUGAAGUUAAGCUUUGUAACAUAAGUAUGAACAUAUGUUUUUCUUAAUUUAAGGUGGUACCUAACAUUACAGGGAGAUAACCCUGUAAAAUCAUCUAAACAUUUUAAUCAUGUAAUGUUAAGGAAAUAUUAAACUUUUCAAUGAUCAAAAUUAGUGUUUGUCAAACUGCUAUCUAUCCAACUAAUUUUUUCUGAGAAACUGAUUGGUUCAAGUUUUUAGAAAUUUUUAUAUUUUUUUCAAAGUACCACCUUAAAAGAUUUUUUUAAAGUUCUUUUUUAAGACUUUCUAUUUAUUGGUAUCUUAUAUUUAAAUCUAUGCAUUACAUUCCGCUGUUCUAUGAUGACUACAAUAACGCUUGACCGCCUAUGAAAAAUCUUUAAUUAAACAUUCCAGAUUAGCUCAGGAUUUAUUUAUCUCUAUAAGAUUUAACUAACCUUCUAAUUGGCUGACUCUCUGGAAGCACCAGUCAAAAUCCAGAAUUUGUUGAACAUGUAUAAAGAAUUCAGACCAUCGCUAGUAGGAGAGAUAGAUAAAGGAGAGGGACUGAAUUAAUUGGGUUAGCUUAUAUACCACUUAUUAUAAUGUGCAAUAUACAAAUAUUUGUUGAAAAGAGGUUGUUAAGGAUUAUUUUUUUUAAUUAAUGUAUUUUUACGUGAAAUUUACAUUUUACAGAAAUGAUUUGUUGUAAAAGGAGAUUAUAUAUUAUUAAUAUGUGCAAUAUUUAUUGAAAUUAAUUGUUUUAGAAUUUUGAAUUAUGUUUUUACUACAGUUAACAAAUUGCUGGUCACUUUACUGUUGAUUUGUUAGAUUAGUCAUUUGUGCAGAAGUUUGUUACAGAAUAACUAUAUAUAUUGAGUUAAGAUUUUUGUUUUUUAAGAAUUUAAUUUUUUUGCUAAAAAAUAUGUUAUUCAGUAAUCAUGCUUCAAGUUUCUUUUCAGAUUAUCUCCCCUGAACACAAUGAUGAACCUUCAGGGUUGACAUAAAACAUUUGUCUACUAAUAUGCAAUAUUCAUAUUUUGAAAUGGUAUCCAUAGUAAAACAAAAAUCAUUUUCUUUUUUUAGUAAGAAUCAAGAUAUUUUUUAAAGCAUGUUACUCAAUUUUAUUUUUUUGUUCAUUUUAAACUAUAAUAGUUUGUUGAAUUUAUGAAAGAUAAUUCUUUUUUGUUUUUAAAAAUUCAAUUAAUUCUGUCAUUUUACAGAUUUUCUCUGCAUGUGUAUUUUUUAAAAUGACAACUUCUAUCAAUUAAGAAUUUCAUCUUUUUCGAAGACUGUAUAAACCAAAUAGAAGCAAUUGUUUAUCUUUUUGUUGUUAAUUUUACUGUAAGUCAGGCUGGACCUGAAACAUAGAAUGAGUUUGUUAAUUGCCAUGAAAGAGUUAUUUACAUUUUAAAAAAAUUGUUAUUGUAUGGUGCUGUGUUUAAAUUUUUAGAUAUAAAGAUGUUAUAAUCAAAACCUAGUCAUUUUCAAUUUUCUUUUGUCAUUGAAUUUUUAUUUCCUUUAGAAUUUCAUGGUUCAUGGUUGAUUGAUUAUUCAUUAACUUUCUCUAAAGAGGAUUUAACUUUUUGGUGCAGUAUGUUUAUAUAAGAUAUAAUUUAUAAUUGUUAUAAUUUUAUUUUAAGUCUAGUCAGUUUCAAUUUGCUUUUGUCAUUGAAUUUAUAUUACUCUUCCACAUAGAACUUGCACCUAUACAAACAAAUGCCAUCAUUCUCUAGAGAAAAAUAGAUGAAAAAAAUAUUAAAGUUUAGGCACAUAAAAUACCACUAUCUAUAACCCUACAUUAAGGUAAAUGUCACUAUAAUUGGUAUGAUAACCAUUAUAAAAAACAUUGAUAUAGACAAAAACUCUUAUCAUCUAGACCUUUUAGGUUAAAUAAAUAACAUAGCUUCCACCAAAACUAACAUUAGUAGGAAAAUUGUACUAAGACCUAAAUAGCCAAGUCUUUAAUAUUCUGGCAAAUAUAUAUUUACCAAUUUAAAAAUAUUCAAAAAGAUUGAUGGUUUUCAAAUAGUGCAUAACAAAUUUUUAAAUUGAUCCAUAGAACUAUUUGUUAGAAAGUUAAGAUUCCAUCUUAUAAAUUCAAGUUAUAUGUUUAAAGUUUUAUACUCUCAUUAAUGUAAAAUUUUUAAAUGUUCACAUUCCUUUUAAAAAAUAUU